AUUCUUCAUAAUGUAAGCUUCUUGAAUCUGGUUCGUUUACCAGAUUGUCGGUACUUUUAGUAAGUGUAUUAUGAGAAGUAAUGUGUGCAUUCUGUUGUAAAUUAUGUGAUUAGGAACUUAUAUCCAUCUAACUAACCAAAAAAAUGAGUAAAAGUUUCGGCAAAAAUAAGCUUAACUUAAAACUUCCGCCGGGUGCAAUUGAAGUCAACAAUAGUGAACCACCGGGAUCGGUAGACCCGAAUAAUGACAAAUCUAUGCUUGAUACAAGUCUUGAGGCUUUGCAGAAAAGUCUGGAAGGUUUAGAGCUUGAUGAUCAACAGAGAAAAAGAUUAGAAGCUUUUCUUACACAGAAACAAAAAGUUGGUGAAUUAAUUAAUGAUGAUCUAGAAAAUUUAGGAGAACUUGGUGCUGGCAAUGGAGGAGUUGUGACAAAAAAUCUUCAUAGGCCAAGUGGAUUGAUCAUGGCUCGUAAGCUCAUCCAUUUGGAAGUGAAGCCUGCUAUACGCAAUCAAAUAAUCAGGGAGUUAAAAGUUCUUCAUGAAUGCAAUUCUCCCCACAUUGUUGGAUUUUAUGGAGCAUUCUAUAGCGAUGGUGAAAUAAAUAUUUGCAUGGAAUAUAUGGAUGGUGGCUCAUUAGAUCUAGUCCUAAAGAAGGCUGGCCGUAUUCCAGAACCAAUUUUGGGCAAAGUUACAAUUGCUGUUUUGAAAGGAUUAAAUUACUUGCGAGAAAAGCACCAAAUUAUGCAUAGAGAUGUAAAACCUUCUAACAUUUUGGUGAAUUCUCGAGGGGAAAUAAAGAUAUGCGACUUCGGAGUGAGUGGUCAAUUAAUUGAUUCUAUGGCUAACUCAUUUGUUGGGACUAGGUCUUAUAUGUCGCCUGAAAGAUUGCAAGGAACACAUUAUACAGUUCAAUCUGAUAUCUGGAGUCUUGGACUUUCUCUUGUUGAAAUGGCUAUUGGUCGAUACCCAAUUCCUCCUCCUGAACCCAAAGAGCUUGCAGCAAUUUUUGGCCCCAAGUAUUCAGCAAGUGCAGAUCAAAGUGAAUCUCCUUCACCUAGCUCCAAAAACAGACCUAGUAAAUGGCCAUUUUUAAUAAACUUCCCUGUGACAGUUGUUUAA